CAAAAUAAAAAUAUGACGGAAAAAGGAAAAAGCAUGAGAAACCUUCUCUUUCUCUUACUCUUCCUCUUCCUCUUCCUCUUCCAAAACGUAUUUGGAGACUGAGGAAUGAAUCAUAUAUAAAUAUCUCCUGCAUAACUCCCUACAAAACUCAGAGAUAGAGAGAGAGAGGCAACUGUCUUGAGCAAUGCCCACCUACGAGCCUAUUAAAGGUUACGAGGAAAUCCCUGCUCUCUCAUUCACAAUCAAUGCUGCUCAUGAUUUUCCAGAUGUUGAAUUAGCUCUCACUUCUGCCAAGCCUAAUCCUUCUCCACUGCCUAACAUUCACCCCCACCACCGUCUUCUCUCUUUAGAUGUUUUUCGCGGACUCACUGUCGCGCUGAUGAUCUUGGUCGACUAUGCUGGUGGGAUUCUGCCUGCUAUUAACCAUUCACCAUGGAAUGGUCUAACACUUGCCGAUUUGGUCAUGCCAUUUUUCCUCUUCAUUGUUGGCGUCUCCCUUGGACUUACAUACAAGAAACUGCCGUGCAAAGCUGUUGCAACUAGAAAAGCCAUACUCCGGACACUCAAACUUCUAACGUUAGGCUUUUUUCUUCAAGGUGGCUAUUUGCAUGGCCUAAAUGAUUUAACUUAUGGAGUUAACGUAGAGAAAUUGAGAUUGAUGGGUAUCUUGCAGAGAAUAGCAAUAGCAUAUUUAGUAGGUGCCUUGUGUGAGAUUUGGCUUAAAGGAGAUGAUCAUGUCGAUUCAUGUUCAUCUCUAUUGAGGAAAUAUCGAUUUCAGUGGGCCAUGGCUUUAGUACUCAUUAGCACUUAUCUUUCCUUAAUAUACGGCUUGUAUGUUCCUGACUGGGAAUAUCAGAUUCCAGCUGAAGCCUCUUCCUCUCCCGCAAAGAUAUUUUUAGUGAAAUGUGGGGUAAGGGGUAACACGGGACCAGCUUGUAAUGCUGUUGGACUGAUUGACCGUACAACAUUGGGAAUUCAACAUCUAUAUGGAAAACCAGUCUAUGCAAGAACUAAGCUAUGCAGUAUCAACUCUCCAGAUUACGGCCCACUGCCUGCUGAUGCUCCUUCAUGGUGUCAAGCCCCUUUUGACCCUGAAGGGAUUUUGAGUUCGGUAAUGGCCGUGGUUACCUGCUUGAUUGGUUUGCAUUAUGGGCACAUUAUUGUCCAUUUUAAGGACCACAGGAAUAGAAUGCUUCAUUGGAUGAUCCCAUCUAUUUGUCUUAUUGGCUUAGGCCUGGCCUUGGAUUUCUUAGGAAUGCAUGUCAAUAAAGCGCUUUAUAGUUUUAGUUAUAUGUCUGUCACUGCUGGUGCUGCUGGCAUUCUUUUUACUGGAAUUUACAAGCUGGUGGAUGUGUGUGGAUAUAGGCGCAUGACUUUGGUGUUGAAGUGGAUGGGGACGCAUGCACUGAUGAUUUAUAUAAUUGCAGCCUGCAAUAUCUUGCCUGUUGUCCUGCAGGGAUUUUACUGGAAGCAGCCAGAAAAUAACAUUCUUAAGUUAAUUGGAAUUGGGAGAUGAAUGCAUGGCAAACUGUUGGAUUACGUCAUCACAGAUAUUCAAACCCUCCUGGGCCUGGUCUCUUGAGAAGAUCGCUCUCAAUGCUUCUGAUUAGGUAUAGUAAACGAUUGGGGUUGAUCAUCUAGGUUUAGGAGCUCCAUGUAUUAAUAUAUUUAAUUUUUCAGAAAUCAAGUAUUUCCGGGUUCAAUCCAUCAGCGUGCUCAAGAAACUGAAUUAAUUACUCUAAUUGAAGAUACAAUUGCAUCACCUCAAUUAUAUUGACCGAGAACCUUAUUAUUUUGUUUGCUA